AGGAAAAAAUAAAAAUUGAAAACAAAAGGGUGAGGGUGAAAGAGAAAAUGGGUUCAAAUGCCUUCUUCUCUUCCAUUCUCUGUGUUUUCCUCUUAGCCACAUUGGCCUCCGCUGCCCCUUUCCUUUCUGAUGAAAUAUUUGAUUCUGGGGUAUCUACUGGCCGUGCCCUCCUGCAAGCUAAGAAAGCAUGUGGAGUUGACUUUGAGCACCAGAACUUCACAAUCCUGACAAGUCAAUGCAAGGGACCCCAAUACCCACCAAAGGUUUGCUGUGAGGCAUUCAAGCAAUUUGCUUGCCCUUUUUCAGAUGACAUUAAUGACAUGACAACUGAUUGUGCUUCCGUUAUGUUUAGCUACAUAAACAUCUAUGGCAAAUACCCUCCUGGCCUCUUUGCUAAUGAGUGCAAAGAAGGGACUAAAGGUCUUGACUGCAGCGAUGUAAAACCAACCAAUACUUCUGACCACCCUUCUAACACCAGUCAUGUUUCUGCUCCUCACUCUUUGUUCCUCGUUACCUCUGCUGCUUUCUUUGCCUUCUUCUUCAGUUUCUUCUGAGGCUCAAAAUGUGAAGAAAAAAAUUUAAUCAAUUUUCCUCAGCAGUCUGAGGAUCCAGCUUUCAUGUGAUACUGGAAUUUUCUUAUGUUCUUGAUCAAGAUU